AUGCAACUCUCGCCAAUUCAAACGCUCUAUCACGAGCCUAUCACCUUGAGUGAUGGAACCGUCCUCUCGGCCAUGAUCUGGCUGCCCAAGGACGCCAAGGUCAACCCCGUUCCGGCCAUCCUGGAAUAUCUCCCCUACCGCAAACGAGACAUGACGGCUGUCCGUGAUGCCACCAACCACCCAUACGUAGCAGGCCAUGGUUAUGCGUGCGUCCGCGUGGAUAUGCGUGGGACGGGCGACUCCGAAGGCAUCAUCCUGGGGGAGUACCUCAAACAGGAGCAGGACGACGCGCUGGAGGUCUUGAAGUGGAUCGCUGCGCAAGAGUGGUGCACGGGAUCGGUCGGAAUGAUCGGUAUCUCCUGGGGCGGCUUCAACGGUCUGCAGGUCGCGGCUCGCCGGCCGCCAGAGCUGAAGGCCGUCAUCUCGAUGUGCUCGACGGACGACCGCUACGCCGAUGACAUCCACUUCAUGGGAGGCUGCAUAUUGACCGAGAACUUCACAUGGGCCGCCUCCAUGCUGGCCAUCAACUCUUGCCCACCAGAUCCAGCGGUUGUUGGUGACCAAUGGCGAGACCUCUGGCUCAGGCGCCUGGAGUCGGGCGGAUUCUUCGCGAAGGAGUGGCACGAGCAUCAGCGACGAGAUGAGUUCUGGAAGCAUGCGUCCAUCAGUGAGGACUACAGCUCGGUUCAGUGUCCCGUCUACCUGGUCGGCGGCUGGAUGGACCCGUACACCAACACCAUCUUCAGGAUGCUCGACAACAUGCAGUGCCCUAAGAAAGGCCUCGUCGGUCCAUGGGGCCACAAGUACCCCAAUUUUGCAAAGCCCGGACCACAGAUUGGAUUUCUGCAAGAGACUAUCCGCUGGUGGGACAAGUGGCUCAAGGGCAAGGAUACGGGUAUCAUGGAAGAGCCCAUGCUCCGAGCCUAUCUUCAAGACACAGACGGACCGGCUGCUUUCGUGAAGGAGCGCCCUGGCAAUUGGGUGGCGGAGGCUGCCUGGUCCGACGCAAACCGCCCAUCGCGCCGGAUGGGUCUUGCACCAGGCCGAUUGACGGAGGGACCAUCCAAAGGCGCUGAAAAACUUGAUAUCUGCUCUCCGCAGACCCUCGGUUUCGCCGGAGGUAGAUGGUUGGUCUUCGGUGUGGAGGGAGAGGGCCCGGUGGAUCAGCGCCAGGAGGUCGGAGGCAGUCUCAUCUUUGAUACAGCGCCAUUGGCCGAGUCUCUGGAUCUUCUCGGUGCUCCAGUACUCAACCUCCGCAUUGUGAGUGAUAAACCCGAUGCCUUGGUAGCAGCCACCAUCUCAGAGGUGCUGCCUAGCGGCGCUGUCACCAGAGUGUCUUACGGUUUGCUUAAUCUGACGCACCGUGAUGGCCACGAAGACCUCAAACCUCUUGAGCCUGGACAUUUCUACGACAUCAGUCUCAAACUGAAUCAUCUCGGACAGCGGGUUGGUGCAGGGAGCCGCCUCCGCCUUGCAAUCUCAUCGACCUACUUCCCAAUUGCCUGGCCCUCGCCUGAAGCCACGACUCUCACAAUCGACUGUGCUCGCAGCAGCAUCGACAUGCCAGUGCGACAUGACAGCCCACUUGACUCUCAGCUUAAGCACUUCCGACCAGCUGUCAACGGCAUCCUGGACCAGACCGAGUUGCGUCCUGCGAGACAUAGCAACCUCGUCAAGCAGGACUGGGACUCGGGUGAGACGACGCUCCACCUGGACUGGGACGAUGGCAUGUGGAAGGUCACCGAAACCGGCUGGAUAUACGGCUGGACGACCGAGACGAUUAUUGGGAUACGCCCGGAUGAUCCUCUGUCAGCCCGCGUGGAACAGUCUUUCGACCGGGACUUUAAGCGCGACAGUAUCACAAUGAAGAUCAAGGGCUGGACUAAGAUGACGAUGACAGCGACUGAUAUAGUCAUCACUGCUCGAGUUGAUGCCUGGGAAGGAGGAGAGUCUGUUAUCGUGCGUGACUAUUCCUUUACCAUACCUCGUGAUCAUGUCUAG